CCUCGCGUUCUAGAUUCAUGUUGGCGCCGAGUCCGUUCACUUGCGCCCCUCCUCAGCCCGCUCCAGCCCGCUGCAGCCCGCUCCAGCCCGCUCCAGCCCGCUCCAGACUGAUCAAGGCAAGAGGAGCAUGGCUUCUUUUGUGACCGAGGUGCUCGCCAGCUCGGGCAAACUGGAGAAGGAAGCUCUGGCCAGAAAAAUCAGUAAAUUAUCGCACAAAGUUCGGGACACCAAGGAGGAGGUAUGCUGCGUGAUGAACAGCAGAUACAAUGACUUCCUGCCCAGUCUGCAGUCGUCUGAGGAGCUGAUGAAGCAGGUGCAGGAAGUGUCCAGAGAGAUGCACGCCCUCAACAACUGCAUCGACACAGAGGUGCAGCAGAACAUCCAUGCAUCGGUGACAGAGUACGGCGAGCUGAAGCAGCAGCUCGAGAAGAACACAGUGAUCAUUACUAUGCUCGGACACUUAAUACAGUUUCAUAAUUCCAUGGAGGAGUCCAACAAAGCUUUGAUGGAAGAGAAGUAUGUUGAGGCAGCCCAACAAUUGAAGAAGGCCAAAGACAGUGUGGCCCUCCUGAAGCAGUGGAAAAGCUCCCAGCUGCCUCUGCUCACUUCGCUCAGCUCGGAGCUCAGUAUCCAGAGGGAGAACCUGCUCUACCACCUGGGGGACCAGUGGAAGCGCCUGGUGGUCUGGACGCUCCCCUCCUCUAAAGAUGGUGCAGGAAUGAAGUCCUUCCUUAAGGUGUCGCUGAACCUACGUAUGGGCUGUGACGAAGAGGACAGUAAAGCCCUGGACAAGGCUGUGCUUUGCUCUGUUCUGCAGGCUCUGGCCCUCCAGGGGGAGCUGCAGCACAGACUUAAGCUGUUCAGCAAGGCUCUGCUCCAGUACAUGCUGCGGCCCCUGGUGCUGUACCCCUCUCUGCAUGUGUGUGUCACUCAGAAGCAGGGUGAGGGGCUGCUGCUGGCUCUGCAGUGUUUGGACCCUGAGAGCCAGGGCCCCUCCAGCCCAACCCAGGCCUACGACAAACUGCUACUGGUGCUCCGCACUUUGCACUCACACCUGCUCGAUGUGUCCAUUGGGGACCAGAAGCUGUCCUCCAUCCUAGGAGACCUGAUCUGGGAGGAGUUCUCUCACUGCAUCAUCCACGAGUGUCUCCAGUACUCCAUCCCCAUGGACAGCAGUCAGCUGGAGCAGUACAGCACGGUAAUAAAGGAGACUGAGGAGUUUGAGAAGAAUCUGAAGGAGAUGGAGUUUCUGCACGGAGACUGCACAGAGCUCCUCAAAUACGCACGCAAAAUCAACUGUCACUUUGCCAGCAAGAAGUGUCGAGACGUGAUUGUGACAGCACGCAAGCUUAUGACUUCCAAAAUGCAUGACACUGUCAAGAUCAGCCCGGAGAGUAGACUGCCCCUGCCCAAGCUGCCCUCUCCAGGGGGGGAGCUGAAGAAGCAGGACAGCAGCGCGCCAGAGCCCGGCAUGACCAACCAGAAUCAGCUGAGCUCCUGGAGCAUGUGCCUGCCCCCAUGUCGCAUCAGCAAGUCUGUGCAGCAGCUGAUGGAGCUGGCCCUCCACACACUAUCUGAGGCUGUGGGCAGCUCCACACAGUGCGCACUGCAACUCUUUUUCACUGUGAGAAACAUCUUCCAGUUGUUCUAUGACGUGGUCCCCACAUAUCACAAAGAGAACCUGCUCAAGUUUCCUCACCUGGCAGCCAUCCAGUACAACAACUGCAUGUAUCUGGCCCACCACUUGCUCACACUGGGCCACCAUUUCAGGGCACACCUGCCCCAGCCCCUUAGUGAGGGAGUGGGCACAUUUGUGGACAUGGUGUCCAGCCUGAGGAAACUAGGUGCUCGGUGCUUCCUGACCCAGCUGAACAUGCAGAGGACAGAACUUCUGGACAGACUGUCUACUGCACACAACCUGUGUAAUCUUGAUGAUGAAGACAACUACAUAGCUGCCAGUAAAGCCGUCAGACAGGUCAUCCACCAGCUCAAACAGCUGGGCACUGUGUGGCAGGACGUCCUCCCCGUGAGCAACUACUGUCAAGCCAUGGGAAACCUGCUCAGCACUGCCAUCACCGAAAUCACAGCCAAAGUCAUGGCUCUGGAGGAUAUUUCUUCAGAGGAGGGGGAGCACCUCCACACAUUGUGUCAGACCCUCAUCGAAGAAGGUCCUCUGGUCUUCACUCCACUCACAGAAGAAAAGAAAAACCGCAAGUAUCAGGAAGAGGUGGCCCUCUAUGUGAAGAAGUGGAGCAUGUUCAAGGAGCUGGCCAUAGUGCUAAAGGCCAACCUGCAGGAAAUCGUGGACCGCUGGGCGGAUGGGAAAGGCCCUCUGGCUGUGGAGUUCUCCAGUUUCGAGGUGAAGAGUCUGAUUCGUGCACUGUUCCAGAACACGGAGAGGAGGGCUAUUGCUCUGACCAAAAUCAAAUGAGGCUCGAACAGCAGGCCAGUCACCUCUGUGCCUAUCUGACAUCUCUCACUGUCAACAUUUUUAUGUAUUUAUUUGUAAUAUAAAUAUUUGCUAAAAUACUUUCCACUAAGAUAUAAUAAACUGUACAUUUCUAUGACAA